AUGCAAUUGAACGUCAAAUUUCCGAGUGAUGGGGAAACCAUUGCAGGCAUACUUUUCCGUCCUGACGAUGCCCAGGGAAAGCUACCUACGGUGAUAUGUGCUGGUGGAUGGUGUUAUACAAAAGAAAUUGUCCUUCCACAUAUUGCUAGAAUCGUGAAUGAGGGCGGUGUGCAAGUUCUGGCUUUCGAUUAUGCUGGAUUUGGGGAGAGUUCGGGCAAACGCCGCCAGCAUCUUGAUCCCUGGCAACAGAUUUCGGAUUAUCGCAACGCCUUGACCUACGCAGAGGGUCGAGAUGAUGUUGAUCCUUCGCGGUUGGGCUGCCUAGGUAUAUCAUACAGCGGCGGGCAUGUUCUGAUAUUAGCCGCGAUUGACCCACGCAUCAAGGCCGUUGUCAGUAUUGUGCCUGUGGUUGAUGGUUACAAUAAUUUACGCCGCGCACAUGGCGAACGGCGUUUCGCAGAUCUGGAAGCCGCUAUUCUUCACGAUCAAAAAGCCCGUGCAGCUGGUAAGAAUGAAGGGAAGAUCGCCAUGGCCUCUCGCACACCCUACGAUGAGCUAUCUGUGUGGCCCUUUCCUCGUGUCAAUGAGGUCUUUACACAGGUGAAAGAAACAGAGGCCCCUUUGCAUGAGCACUGGAGCACGAUGGAAUCAGCUGAAUUACUGUUGAAUUAUUCCGUAUCACCUUUCUUACCACGCGUUAUAAACACGAAUGUGAUGAUGAUUGUAGCUGAGGGAGAUAAUAUUACGGCCUGGGACUUGGAAAUCGAAGCAUUCAACAAGAUUCCGUCUCCCUCCAAGCAGGUCCAGAUUCUUCCCGGUGUCAGCCACAUGAGUUUGUACUCAGACCGAGCUGAUACUAACGUUGCAGCCGUACAUUCUAGGGAAUGGUUCUCUAAGAUGUUAUAG